AAAAUACUCUUAAUAUUAAGUUUCCACUCUACAUUUAUAUAGCUCAUUGUUGUACUUCAUUAUAUGUACUCUAACCUCUAUGAACUAGUGACGCCGACUAAGUACAAGUAUUUAGUACAUAAAAAGUAUAGUUAUUAAAUAUAAUUAUUAUAUUACAUUUGUUCUUAAAUAUUAUUUGAUGGCAAUGGAUAUUAGGCCGAAUAAUACAAUUUAUAUUAAUAAUUUAAAUGAGAAAAUAAAGAAGGAUGAAUUAAAGAAAUCCUUAUAUGCAAUUUUUUCUCAGUUUGGUCAGAUAUUAGAUAUUGUAGCAUUAAAGACAUUAAAAAUGCGUGGGCAAGCAUUUGUUAUUUUUAAAGAAAUUGCUAGUGCUACAAAUGCCUUAAGAUCAAUGCAAGGAUUUCCAUUUUAUGACAAACCAAUGAGGAUACAAUAUGCAAAGACUGACAGUGAUAUAAUUGCAAAAAUGAAAGGCACAUAUGCAGAAAGACCUAAAAAGCCAAAACGAGUCGUACCUGCAGCUGAUGAAGAAGCUAAACGUGCUAAGAAACGUGCCAAAGAGCAAGCUAAACAUUCACAGCAAAUUGGUUAUCAUGCCGGCGUGCCUCAACACCCAGGUUUAGUUAAUACAGCUGUACCAGAACAACCACCAAAUCAAAUACUGUUUCUUACAAAUCUACCGGAUGAAACUAGUGAAAUGAUGUUAUCUAUGCUUUUCAAUCAAUUUCCUGGUUUUAAAGAAGUACGUCUAGUACCGAAUAGGCAUGACAUUGCAUUUGUUGAAUUUGAGAAUGAAGUUCAGUCUGGGGCUGCAAAAGAUGCUCUUCAGGGAUUUAAAAUCACACCUUCUCAUGCAAUGAAAAUUUCAUUUGCAAAGAAAUAAAGUAUAUAACAUUAUUGUGUUUGUAUGAACAAACAUAUUGUUAAUGAAUGGAAAACUGUGUGUGUGUUGUAAUACAUCUUAUUUAGACAUUUAUGAAAAUACAUGCAAGUGUAAUUAAAGAUUUUUCGGACAAGGAUUUAUAAAUGUGAGUUAACAUGCUAUGUAGAUUCAAGAAUCAUCUGUGUACAAAAUUUUGUGUAAUGUAUACAUAUGAAUCAAAUUUUACACUGUAAAUAGCAAUUGAAAAGAUAUAUUACAUUUUUUCAGCAAUAUUUUGGUUAUAUAGAAAACUAUUUUUCACUUAAUGUUAUAAUGAUUUGGAAGAGAAGUUGUAAGACCUUUUAAUAUAAAUUAAUUUCAAUUAUA